AUGUCUUGUGUUGAAUGGAGAUUGAAUUUCCUUCCUCCGUUUUUCACUAUCAUGGUUCAUUUGUUAAUUCACCUUGUCAAGGAGGUAAAGCUCGGAGGACCUGUUCAUUAUAGAUGGAUGUAUCCAAUUGAAAGGUACUUAGCCCAUCUCAAAACAUUUUUGAGAAAUAGAGCUCAACCAGAAGGUUCUAUUGCCGAGGCUUAUAUUCUUGAGGAAAUAAUUACCUUUUGCUCUAGAUAUUUAGAAGGCGUAGAAACAAUCUUCAAUCGACCACGUCGCAACAAUGAUGAUAAUGAAAAUGGAUCUAGUUAUUUGUUCAAUGCUUGUGGUCGGCCAGUUGGGGAGGUGAAAGUGAUUAAUUUGAACCAUAAGAGCAAGAUGCAAAUACAUCGUUAUGUGCUAACAAAAUUUCAAGAGUUACUUCAACCAUUUGAAAGAGAAUUCUUAUCUCAGAAGCAAAGGGAAAAUCAUAGAAAUACUGUUGCUAAUGAUUUGGUGAUUAAAUGGAAGUUAGAGGAUUUUCCAGAUGGUUAAAGUUGCAAAUACCGAUUACGAAAUUUUAUCAACUAAAUGCAAAUGUUUAUACUUUUUAUUGAUUCAUCCACUUGAACAAUAUAUUUUACGUAGGUACCAAAUAUCGAUGAGGCCGAUCCCGAAGGAAGAUUGUUGAUAGCAUUGGCUUGUGGUCCAAGUCCAUAUGCUAAAAGAAUGAAGGGUCAUAUGAUUGAUGGUUUCAAGUUCAAGACAUUUGCUAGUGAAAGAACUCGUAAAACUCAAAAUAGUGGUGUCAUGGUGGAAGCCGAUGGAAAUAAGAACUAUUGAAGAUUAAUAGAUAUACUCGAAAUUGACUACCUUGGAUCCUAUAAACUCGUGGUGUAUUGUUGUGAUUGGAUAGACAUAGUAACUGGGAUAGAAUACAUUGGUUCUAGAACUCGAUUGAGCUUCUCAAAGUUUAUUCACACGGGCCGAUUUCUAACGGAUGAGCCGUUUAUUAUUUCUAGUCAAGAAACACAAGUUUUUUAUGUUAAAGAUAAAUCAAAAAAUGGUUGGAAUUAUGUAGUUGAA